AUGAGCAUCGAGAUGGGAAGUGGAGCGUCCACCACCACCACCAAGGGAUCCCGUCUGGGCUUGGUGGAGGAUGAACAGCCCGACCUGGUCCAGACUCCCACUCCUGUGGCCCGGAUCCCCACUCCUGUGGUCCGGACCACAACCCCUGUGGUAGUAAGGACACCCACACCUGCAGUCCUGAGUGGAGAAACAUUGCUGGCGUAUGAUGGACAUGAAGCUGUGGAUGUUCUGUCUGUCACGAGUGACCAGGUUCACUCCAAAGAGGAAGACAAAGAAGAUGAAGUAACGUCAAGUAUUGUCGAUCCACUCAUGACCGAAACGGCUGAUGAGGAUGAUAAAGAGGAAAUGUCUGUGAACUUUGAGAAUUUUCUUCAUAACAACGGAACUUUGUACAGCUGCUUUGAGCAUCACGGAAACAGGGUCUAUGUGGACGACGCUCAGAAGCUGCAGCCUUUCCCCAAGGAAUGGUAUGACAUGGGACGCUUCAUCAGCCCCAACCAGGAGGUCUCCACCCAGCCACCAGUCACCAGCGUACAGCCAGCGGCGGCAGUGGGUGAGGAUGAUCGCACAGGCAGUAUCUUAAUCCCAGGAAAAGGAAGCGUAAUGACGUACAUGUUUGAGGAGAGAGUGAACGUGUGCAGGUUUUGGGAUCCUCAUUCGGGCAUGUGGCUUCUCCUGCCUCUCCAGUGGGAGAUGAAUGUGGACGUUGUGCAGAGCAGAGUCCACAGAGUCAUGUCAGUCCUGCCAGGCCUGUUGGACCAGAAGGAAAUUACUGCAGCACUGCGACUUUGUAACUAUGAUAGCGAAGAAGUCAUCUCUGCCUACCUCACGAUGUUUGGAGAGGUCCUCCUGCAUCCGAAUAAUGAUCGUAGCGGCGAAACAGGCUGCAGUGACCCCAACUCAUUCAGAGCUCUUCUGGAGCGUGAACGUGUGAUUGACGAUCUGAGGCAGCAGCUUGAGUCCAAACAGAGAGAGGCGGACGAGCAUCUACACAGGAACGAGCUCCUGGUUCGGGAGACUCGCCAUCUUGGCGACACAAUUCAAAACCUCCACCGCAAAACGGCUGAGCUGGAGGCCGACCGGCAGGAGGCCAGAGAGAAGAUCCGGUUUCUGCGGAGUCGCCAGACGCCCGGGGUGACAUCAGCCACAAACACCACCACUUCCAAGCCUGCUGGAGAUCCAGAUCGAUUGCGCCGGGCUGGCGAACUGGCCCGAGAACUCAAGGUGUCUGCCAAACAGCUGAGGUCUUGGGUCAUCCUGAUGCUGAGUGACUUGAAGAACGCCCUGACCCAGACAGAGGACGUUCUGAAGAAGAUGGCCGAGGCUCAGCGGCAAGCAGAUGGCGAGGCACAGACGAUGCGCUCGCUCUACCAGAAGGAGGCGUUAGAGAGACGCACUUUGUACAACAAGCUCCUUGAGCUGCAGGGGAACAUCAGAGUGUUCUGCAGGUGCAGGAACAUCACCAGACCAGGAACCACCUCAUGUCUAGACCAGUAUGACCAGCAGGAAGUCACGCUAAUACAUAAGAACACCAGGAAGAAGUUUUUCUUUGACAAGGUCUAUGGACCCACCAGCACACAGGAGGAGGUUUUUGCCGGAACGUUGCCGCUUAUCACUUCCUGUGCAGAUGGAUACAACGUAUGCAUUCUAGCAUACGGGCAGACAGGCUCUGGAAAGACUUUCACGAUGAUGGGCACCAAGGACAAACCCGGAGUCAACGUCAGGUCCAUACGGGAACUUCUCCGUGUGUGUUCACUCAAAGAGAAAGUGUCGUAUGUUCUCAAGAUUUCCAUGUUGGAGAUUUACAACGACACUCUGAACGACCUGCUAGCGAAAAACCCUACCGCUUCCUCCACUCUGGACAUCCGCGUGCAGGGUAAGUUUGUGUCUGUGCCGGGACUGACCCACGUGGAGGUUCGGACCGAGGAUGACAUCAUCAACGUCAUGGACACUGGGGAGAAGAACAGGAAGAUGGCUGCCACCAAGAUGAACAUACACAGUUCUCGCUCUCACUUGCUGGUAGCGCUGGAGGUUUGUGGCAAUGACUCGUUGUCUGGAGAGAGUACACGGGGUACGUUGACCUUGGGCGACCUGGCCGGGUCCGAGCGUAUCUCCCGGACGGAGGCCGAAGGCCCACGCUUAGUAGAGGCUGCCGCCAUCAACAAGUCACUGACCGCGCUGGGACAGGUGUUUGCAGCUCUGAAGUCUAACGCCCUUCACGUGCCCUUCAGGAACUGUAAACUGACUCACCUUCUGCAGCCCAGCCUCAGCGGAGAUGCCAAGUGUUGCGUUUUCGUCAACGUGAGUCCAGAAGCCAAGGAUGAGGUGGAGACGCUCAGCACGCUCCAGUUUGGCUCGUCCAUUCGUCACGUGGCACUGGGAAAAGCCACCAAGAACCUCACGCCGACCAAAGGCAACAAGACAAAAUAGGCGAAAGGAAGAAUAGGCAUGUUCAAGUGUGACAAGAAAUAUGUCUGUUCACAUAUUUUGUGAAUGCAAACACUUUGUUUUUCUUCUUUCUACCCACAAUCCUGCUGCUAUAGACUGUAAAUUUCCCCAUUGUGGGACAAAUAAAG